AUGUCUACUCCACCGCCUCAGCAGAACCAGCCUCCGCGCCGUUCGUCGGGUGAUAGUAAGAAAGUGACUCCACCAGCAUCGAGUGUAGUAACCAGAAAUGGCGCUCGCAAGGCUAAAAUCCAGACCCGCGCGAUGUCAGCGUGUGCUAAGCCAUCAGCAUUACUUGUAGCUGCUAAAAGAAAAGCUCAACAGAAAAAGAAACAGCACAUUGACACAGAGCUGAGAGAUCACUACCAAAUUGCCAUGGAUUCUAAAACAAGAGUCAAGGGUCCCACGGGCUUAGUCACGGAGCCCCGUAUGACGGAACAUCGCUGUCUAUGGGACGAGAACUAUCCUGAAUGUCCAGAGCGACUCUCUAGUGUAAUUGACAGGUGCCAUGAACUGAAGUUAAUAGACGAAUGUGUCAAGUUCCCACCGAGGGCGGCGACUAAGGAAGAGUUGUGCAGCCUACACUCGCCGUCCAUUUACGAUAUGAUGGAGAAAACACACCAAAACAAUGACGUCGACUACUUGGAAGAGAUCUCCUCGAAGUAUGAUGCCGUAUACAUACACCCGAGUACCCACGAGCUAGCCCUCCUAGCUGCGGGUUCUACCAUAGACAUAGUAGACCGUGUAGUGUCGGGCGAGAUACAGAACGGCGCUGCUCUAGUGCGGCCCCCCGGACACCACGCGAUGGCUAGCGAGCCCUGCGGCUACUGCUUCUAUAACAACGUGGCGCUGGCCGCCAAACAUGCCAUAGACAAAAGAGGAUUGAACAGGAUAUUGAUAGUGGACUGGGAUGUGCAUCAUGGACAAGCAACUCAACAGAUGUUCUACAAUGAUCCUAGGGUCGUCUACUUCUCAAUCCACCGCUACGAGCACGGCGCUUUCUGGCCUAACCUGCGACAGUCCAACUUCAACUACAUCGGGACCGGAGCAGGCAAGGGUUACAACUUCAACGUACCACUCAAUAAGACGGGGAUGAAAGAUGGUGAUUAUCUGGCGAUAUGGCAUCAGCUGUUACUGCCUAUGGCUUUGGAGUACCAACCGGAACUCAUCAUAAUAUCAGCUGGAUAUGAUGCUGCGUUCGGCUGUCCCGAGUUCUCUCCCCAACUUGUUAUCGUGUCGGCCGGCUACGACUCGGCAUUGGGUGAUGAAAAGGGUGAAAUGGAACUGACACCGGCGUGCUACGGCCACCUCCUUCACAUGUUAAUGUCAGUGUGUCCGCGCAUUUGCGUGGUGCUGGAAGGAGGCUACUGCCUGCAGUCUCUCGCAGAGGGCGCUGCUAUCACUCUGCGCACGCUACUGGGCCAUCCGCCGCCGCAGCUUGAGAAUGUCACUGAGCCUAGCGACUCAAUUCGGGAAUCGAUCCUAAGCUGCAUAUACGCACAGAAGCCAUACUGGAACUGCUACACGUUCCAAACAACAUACACGUCUUCUGGUCCUCCCAACGUGUGCGACGAACACAAGAUCAAACUCACGAUCAACAUCAAAUGGGAGGGUGAUGAGACCAGGCCGGACAGAUUCCUCACAAGAGACUGUUAUCCACUACAGGAUGAUGGGACGAAGAAACGAAUAGCCGAAAGGCUAAAUCAUUUGAGAUUGGUGACGGAUUUAUCGAUACCUCUACACGCAGUGGGUUAUGUCUACGAUCAAGCUAUGUUGAAACACAAAAACAUAUGUGAACCUGACCACGUGGAGUGCCCGGAGCGCAUCCUGCGCAUCCACGAGCGGCACCGCGAGUUCAGCCUGCUGUCGCGCCUGCACCAGCUCGCGCCGCGCCGCGCCACCGACGAAGAGAUCCUCGCCGUGCACACGCGCGCGCACCUCAACAGGCUAAAAGAGCUGGCCUUGACAAAGCUAAGAGAUUUGAACAGUCAAAAGAAUUCAUACGAUUCAGUUUAUUUCCACCCAGAUUCUUUAGAAAGUGCCAGUAUAGCGUCAGGAUGUGUACUACAGAUGAUAGACGCGGUGUUGUCGCGUGAGUGCGGGUCGGGCGUGUGCGUGGUGCGGCCGCCGGGCCACCACGCGGACGAGGAGGUGCCGAGCGGGUUCUGCCUGCUCAACAACGCGGGCAUCGCGGCGCGCUACGCGCUCGGCGCGCACGCUCUGCGCCGCGUGCUCGUGCUCGACUGGGACGUGCACCACGGGAACGGCACGCAGAGGAUCUCCUACGACGAUAACAGGAUCCUAUACAUGUCUAUCCACCGGUACGACAACGGCUCGUUCUUCCCCAACUCCAAGGACGCCGACUACACAGCAGUCGGCCGCGGCAAAGGAGAGGGGUUCAACCUUAACAUACCAUGGAAUAAGCGAGGCAUGGGCGAUGCGGAGUACCUGGCAGCGUUCACGCAAGUGAUAAUGCCAGUAGCAUACGAGUACAACCCCGAACUUGUCAUCGUGUCCGCCGGGUUCGAUGCCUGCGUCGGAGACCCGCUUGGAGGUUGUAAAGUGACACCCGAAUGUUACGGACGAAUGACUCAUCUUCUCCGAGGUUUAGCAGGCGGUCGAGUCAUCUUGUGUCUCGAAGGCGGUUACAACAUCACAAGCAUAUCCUACGCAAUGACUAUGUGCACUAAAGCAUUACUCGGCGAUCCUAUAGUCCACCAUUACGACCCCAAAACUGUCUGCCAUUGGUCAGCUAUCGACAGCAUACAUGAUGUUAUCAGAGUUCACAGCAAAUACUGGAAAAGUCUCAAAUUUCAAAUGGCAUUGCCCUCCGAACAAGUGUUAGAACCUCCACUACCAUCGAGAGGGUUAAUAAUAGAAAAUGACAGCGAAAUAUCGUUAACGAGUACGUUCGAUGAAUCAAAUAAAUCUAUCGAUUCAAAGGGCUCGAGUCAACUAGAAACAUCACUGGAAGUAAAUAUGUCAAAUUUGAGUAUCGAUAAAAAGUGUUCAGAUGGUAUUCACUGCGGUACUGAUGACGAAGAUGAAAAGCCUGGCGCUUCAAAAGAUUGUAAAGGAAAAGCUGAAGGCAGUAGUGCUGAUAAAAAUGGAGCUAAACAAUUAGUUGAGCAAGCGGGUCCAAGUUGUCCACCGAAAGCAACCUUAGUCGAUUAUUUAGCCGAUAAUAUGCGAGCAAUAGUCGAUGGUGAAAUGUUUGCGGUGAUACCUUUGAAAUGGUGUCCGCAUUUAGAUUCGCUUUUCACGAUACCAGACGAUGUAAAGUUUGAACAAGGCGUUAAGUGUGUUGACUGCGAUCACACUGAAGAGAAUUGGGUGUGUUUACAUUGUUAUGUGACGGCAUGCGCCCGCAGUAUCAACGGUCACAUGCAGGCACAUCACGCAGCUACGGGCCACGCGCUAGUGCUGUCCUUAGUCGAUUUAUCGGUGUGGUGCAAUAUCUGUGACGCGUAUGUCGAUAACGCUCUUCUCUAUGACGCCAAGAAUAACGCACAUAAACACAAAUUCGGCGAAGAAAUGCCGUGGUGUUACAAGACUGAUAUACAAAUGCAAUAA